AAUCAGAUUCUCUGAGCUUGCAAAUCCAACCAAAGAAACACUUGUUCAACAAACUUCCAUCUGCUACCGUUGCAACAUGAAGUACGAAGGAUUCACAACGUUUCGCGUCAAGAUUGACGGUGGAAUUUGCACCGUGACCUUUGACUACCCACCCGUCAACGUUCAGGGCUUGCCCAUGCUUGCCGACUUGAGCAUGCUAGCUCAAAAGUUGGAAGCCGACAACAGCGUCAAGGUGGUUGUGUUCGAUUCUGCCAACCCGGACAUUUGGGUCUGUCACGCUGACACUGAAUUCCUCAAAGACAUGUCUGGCAAGGCUGUCUCUCGCGAGGAGGCGCAGCUAUUGGAUUUGCAGGCGGUCUUGGGGCGCAUCAGCCGCUUGCCUCAGGCUACCAUUGCCAAGAUUGAAGGGUUUGCACGUGGCGGUGGACACGAGUUCGCCCUUGCAUGUGAUAUGCGCUUUGCGGCUCGCGGCAAGGCCAAGUUCAUGCAGAUGGAAGUUGGCAUGGGAAUUUUGCCAUGUGGCGGAGGUGCUUCUCGCAUGGCUCGCCAAGUCGGGCUGGGACGCGCUCUGGAGAUUGUUUUGGGAGCCCGUGACUUUGAUGCUGACGAGGCUGAACGAGUUGGAACCAUCAACCGUGCCUUGGACCCUGACGAGAUUGGUCCUUAUGUUGAUGCUUUGGCCAAACGCAUUGCUCUCUGGCCCUCUGAGUCGAUCAAUGCCACGAAGCAGUGCGUGAUUGAGUCCAUUGACGUGCCCAUCGCCCAAGCUCUCAAAGGCGAAGCGUACUGGUUGUACCAAGCCACAAGUCAGACUCCCGCUCUUAGGCGCUUCAAGAAGGCCGAUGAGGACCGCGCCCAGUUUGACAUGGGGAACCAGCGCACCUGGCCCGACAUGUUGGUCAAGAUUCAGGGCAUCAACUAAACGGUCCUGACGCGAUGCUCCAUGCUGUCUGAGUGGUGACUAAAUGUUUCCAGAAAGAUUGAAGUAAAUCAAAGAUGGUGAAAGAUGACAUGAGCUUUCAGCCUCUGUAGAACAGUAGAACCGACAUCAAGGAAUAGCAAACUUAAACUAGCCAAUCUUUUGUGAG